UCUAAACCCUCAUUAGCACCACUUAGUACAGACUGUUUUGCAGAGCAGUUCCUCUUGCUCUUUCACAGCAGAGCCCCUCUAGCUGGGAGGCAAAACACCUCUUCACUACUCUGGAAAGUGAGAACUGGCCACACAAACCACAUCUCAGGCCCGCAGUGGGGCUGAAGGCUUGCUCUGAGACGGCAGCAUGGACCCCGCAGGUUAUGGAAUUGCAGCCAUGAGGAGAGGAAGCUACGACGAUGCAGCAGGCUCUCUGCGUCCUCACUUCAGACACUUGGCUCAGAGACGACGCUCUGCUCCAUCUUUGGUGUUUGGGAAGGCUUUGGGAAUGCCAUGGUCUCCUAUCAGGGAGGAACUUCCUUGCUGGGUGUCUGUGGAGCAGAGUCCAUUUGUCCUUGGACUGACCAGUGAGAACGGAGAGCUGCUGCUGGACGAGUGCGUCCAGGUCACAGAGGGGAUGAAGACCAGGGAGAGACACCUGUUCCUCUUCAGUGACGUUCUUGUCUUCGCCAAACUCAACAGGUCGACCGCCAGCUACCGCCUGAAGCACAGAGUAAACCUGGAGGAUAUCUGGCUGUACGGCUUUGAGAACGAGCAGGAGCAGGAGGACCACGACGGGCUGACCGGGGAUACUGACCUCAGGCUGACGCUCAUCCUCGGCUGGGCUCUCACAUUUUGCCUCGUGUGUUUUCGCUCGCCUGAGGUGAAAGAACGCUGGUUAGAUACCCUUCACAGAAAAAUUACUGACGCGAAAGCGAGAACUGGCUGUUCUUCUUUACCUCCAGACGUCCUCAUGAAGGUGUUGAGUGGCAGCAUUGCAACUAAAACUCUAACAGGAGGUGGCAUGGAGCAACAAAUCGAGCUUCCACUUGAGGGAGGUGCAAAGAUCUCUGCUCUGGCAAAGCAGUUGAACAAUCAAGAAGAGAAGCUUAACGGAACCAAAUGGAACCUAGUGAGGAAUAUGAAGUUCAGAAAGGGUUCUAAGGCUUUCAAGACUCAGCUGUUUGGACAGUCCCUCUGCAAGAUAUGCCCAGAUGACUACUCUCUUCCAAAACCAAUCACAGAUCUGUUGGUGUUGCUGAGGAAGAGAGGUCCGUCCACUGAGGGGGUGUUUCGUAAGGCAUGCAACAACAAGAACAUGAAGGACAUCAAAGAGCAGCUCAACAGCGGUGUGGAGGUGGACCUGGACGGUCAGCCAGUCGUUCUGCUUGUUGGACUGUUCAAAAGUUUCCUGAAGGAACUUCCUGGCAGCCUGUUGAGGUCUGACCUUUAUGACAAAUGGAUGACAGCACUUGACAAUGAGAAUGCCCAGUCGAGAACUCAGGAAAUCACAAAGGUGGUGGAGGAUCUCCCGGGGCCCAACAAACUCCUCCUGCGCUACCUGAUCUGUGUGUUGCAUCACAUCCUUGAGAGUGCAGAUAUCAACAAGAUGGAUGCCCACAACUUAGCGGUGUGCAUUGCCCCGACGCUGCUGCAGCUGGAAGACAUUCCACUGGAUGGGCAGAGGGAAAAGAUGCAGAAGGUCACAGAACUCACUCAGUUCCUGAUUGAGAAUUAUGAGAUUCUGGGAGAUAACAUCCCCAAUUUGCUGCACACUGAUGAAGAUUCCCUGUCCUCACUUCAUCACGACUCUGCGUAUGACAGCACAGACCCAGAUGGGGAUUUAGAGGCCGGAGAGAAGAUCAGGUCCACGCAUGAAGGAUGUGGCUCAUCUUCCUCAUCUUCCUCUCUGAGCCCCAGCACAGCCACCCUGUCGUGGCAGUCAGACGCCGCCUUCCACACAAAGUCGACUUUCAGCCGCCGCUGCUCGGAGCCCAUCCUCCCCCUCUCCUCGCAAUUUCAGAGCCUGAGAGGUCACGCCCGUAGCCACGACGACUGCUCCCUGGAGAGGGAGGACUUCGACGAGCAGCCUCUGAAAAAGCAGAUCUCGGACGACUCCUUCCUGCUCAGAAGUCGAGGCGGAGCCAAGUCCGUUUUGUCUUUCCCGAAACUGAACAGCGGCUCCAACAUGGAUCCGCUGCCCUACAUGGGCAAAGACUGCUCGUGCUCUUCGCUGGAGAGCUCUUCCUCCAACCAGUCGGAGGGCUCCGUGUUCACCGGCUCCCCGGCCGGAUCACCUGGAUGCCCCAGAAGGACAGACAGCCCAGAUCCGCCCGCAGACGCCAAGCCGGACACUUCCAAACCGGUUACGGUCGAGAAGAGGAGGUCUCAGUCCAUGAAGGUGGCCUCUAAAGUCCUGAUGAGGACCAGGAGCUUGGGAGCUUUCAGCAGGGGCAGCAUGAAAAGAGACUCGCAGAAAGAAAACUCUUUCCCCUGCGAGACGCUGCCGGAAGACUCCUCCAGCGAGGCCGACCCCUCCGCCGAGCUCCAGCCGAGGCCGCGUCCCCUGUCCGCAUUCGAGGUGUUCAGGCUGGUGGACAGCAAGCUGCCCGGCAGGCCGCCGUCUUAUGAACAGGCCGUGCAGGCCUCGGGCCUGCCCCCGCGCUACUGCGCCAUGACUGUGCAGGACGCGGUCACGCUGGGGAGGAGGUCCCGCCCUUCCUCCGUCAAUUACGACUUUCCAAACGCCCGUUCCGUCAGGGAGCGCGCGUACGAGCCGGACUGCUUCGCUCAGACGGCGCGGGACGACGACGCCCCCGAGCGCCGGCAGCCUUUCCGCCAGAGGGCCAUGUCCGAGUCCGUGUCCGCGGGCCAGCACGACGCCGUGUCCCGGAGAUGCAGCCAACCCGUGUUCGAGGAAUUUUCAUACGCCAAGGAGUCCUACGUCUGACUUUGUAAACGUUUUGCAGGUUGGAUUUGAAGUCACGUGAACCUUUCUCAUGGACCUAAAACGCUCACAUGCAUUCCGAUUGUGUUUGACACAGUUGGAGCGCUUCACUUCUUUUAGUGGCACAAGAGUUUUCUUAUCUUGUUCAAAAAGAUUGUGCCCGCUGAAUAGAUUUGUCCGUCUCGUCAAAUGUUUCUGUUUUUGACUGUUUCAGUUUAAAUGAAUGUCAGUCAUGUGCCGUCUUCGCGAUGGCACAUUUACAGUAGUGCUAUUAAUAGUACGAAGAUUACAUUAUAUGUAGUUACUAAGAUAGAAGUUUAAUCUAUCACAAUGAAGCUAGAAACACAGGCAACUGUGUAUAAAUAUGCUAUGAAUUUCUAUGUGUAUUUUUGUUGUUUCGUCUUUUUGUUUGCUUUUUGCAAAUGCACCUCACUUUGCAUGGUCCUGUUCUUCCACUACACUAAAGCACUUUCAGGAUGAUUAACUAUGCUUUUCUUAUUUGUAUGCUAAACUGUAAAUAAAGUGGGACAGCAAUAGAAUGAGAAGUGUAAAGUUUGUUAAGAACUGUUGGGACUAAAUCGGAAGUGAUUUAAGAUAAGCGCUAGACAAAAUGGAAGCAUAGCAAAACAAUAAAAUCCUCUAAAAGC